AGCCAUUUUGGGAUCAAAGUAGCUGGCCGCCGGGCCAACAAAAAAACCGGCCGCGAUGUCCAACCGGGUGCUGCUUCCUUCGGAUGUGCUGCCUGAGCACUACGACCUGACCUUGGAGCCGGAUGUGGAGAAGUUCGUCUUCGACGGCGUGGUUAAGAUCACCUGCGACGUCAAGGUGGCCACGGACAGUAUCAGCGUGCACGCGCACGAGCUGGUGAUCUCUCAUGUGAGCUUCACCUCAGACUCGGGAGCCGUGAGCAAAGCGGACUCCAUCACGCUGCAGCUGAAGAAGAAGAUCGCAGUGCUGGGUUUCGAAGAGGUGCUCCCCACUGGCAAAGGUGUCUUAGAGAUCAAGUUCCGGGGGACCUUGAACGACCAGAUGGCGGGCUUUUACCGGUCGCAGUACACGGACGCCAACGGCGCCAAGAAGUUUCUGGCCACAACUCAGUUCGAGGCCAUCGACGCGCGGCGCUGCUUCCCCUGCUGGGACGAGCCGGCACGCAAGGCCACGUUCACGGUGACACUGGUGUAUGCGGGGAAGCUGCAGGCCAUCUCCAACAUGCCCCCGAAGAGUUUGGAGAUCCUCCCGGACGGCCGCAAGAAGGAGGUCUUUAUGCCGACCCCAAAGAUGUCCACCUAUCUGCUGGCCUUCUGCGUGGGCGAGUUCGAGUUCAUCAGCGCCUCCACCAAGAGCGGAGUGCUGGCCCGCAUUUUCGCCUGCCCAGGCAACAGCAAGCGAUGCAGCCUCGCGCUGAAGUGCUGCAUCAGGGCUCUGGAGUUCUAUGAUGAGUUCUUUGGUCUUAGCUACCCGCUCCCCAAGAUGGACAUGAUCGCCAUCCCCGACUUCUCCGCCGGGGCAAUGGAGAACUGGGGCCUCGUGACCUACCGAGAGGUGGCGCUGCUCUGCGACGAAGACACGGUGUCGGCCACCCAGAAGCAGCGCAUCUGCUCGGUGAUCACCCACGAGCUGGCGCACCAGUGGUUCGGGAACCUGGUGACCAUGGAGUGGUGGGAGGACUUGUGGCUGAACGAGGGUUUCGCCAACUGGACCCAGACCUUUGCGGCGGACCACCUCUACCCGGAGUGGAAGAUCUGGGAGUCCUACGUGGGCAUGGAGCAGCAGCGCGCGCUGCAGCUGGACGCCUUGCGCAGCAGCCACCCCAUUCAGGUGCCUAUCGCCCACGCAGAAGAGGUGGAGGAGGUCUUCGACGCCAUCUCCUACUGCAAAGGUGGCUCGGUGGUGCGGAUGAUCUUCAGCGUGCUGGGCGAGAAGGACUUUCAGAAGGGCCUGCAGCUCUACUUUGAGCGGCACAAGUACGGGAACACGGUGACCACGGAUCUCUGGAACGCCUGGAAGGAGGUGUCCGGGAAGCCCAUCGAUAAGAUGAUGAGCUCCUGGACGCAGCAGAUGGGCUUUCCUGUGCUGGAGGUUCAGAACGACCCCUUCGCCGGGGGCUCCUUGGAGCUGAAGCAGCGCUGGUUCCUGGCGGACGGGUCCAGCGAGCCGGGGGACGACCAGAAGGUCUGGUUCUGCCCGGUGCUGGUGGGCACGGAGAAGGGCGCCCAGCCUGUGAGCUUCUUGGAGCAGCAGAGCGGCAAAGUGGACUGCAAGCUGGAUGGAUGCCAGAUGCUGAAGGUGAACUUUGGUCAGCACGUGCCGCUGCGGGUUUUGUACCCGGAGCCGCUCUUCAAACGGUUGGUGCAGAACUUGAAAAGUCUGCCGGCAGAGGACAGGAUCGGUUUGCUCUCCGACACCCUGGCCACCUGCAAGGCGGGCAUCUCGGACGUGAGCCUCUUGGUGGACCUCCUGGGCGGCUUCUCCGGGGAGCUCAACGACAAGGUUUGGUCCGAGCUGGGGGCAGUGCUGGGGGCGCUUGACAAGGUCAUCGUCCAAGGCCUCGAGGAAGACGUGGCCUCCGCCUUUAAGGACUUCAGCAGCAAGUUGGUGAAGCCCGCCUUCGAGCACGUGGGCUGGGACGCCUCUGCCGGCGACGACGACAACCGCAAGAAGCUCCGCAGCACGGUGCUCUCCGCGGCGGCGAAGUAUUGCUUCAAGGAUCCCCGGGUGGCGGAGGAGGCGGUGAGGCGCUGCAAGGUCUUCAUGGCGGAGCCCAACGACGUGAAGUCUCUGAACGCGGACAUCCGCGCGGCCGUUCUGGAGGUGGCCGUGCAGAGCGACAGCACGGUCUUUGAGGAGCUCCUCAAGGUCCACGAAGUGCUCACGGACGGCGCCGCGAAGAUCCACAUGUACGGCGCGCUGGGCAAGGCCACCAGCGCCAAGCAGCGGCAGAUGGCCCUAGACUUCACCCUCAGCGGGAAGGUGAGGUCUCAGGACCUCAUCUACAUCCCCAUGGCCAUGGCCAGCUCUGGCAAGGCCGGGGCCGAAGACACCUUUGCGUGGAUGCAGAAGGAGUACGACCGAAUCAACGACAUGAUCGGGGCCACCUCCAUGAUGCUCUUUCAGAACAUGGUCCGGGUCUCCGGCACCGGCUUCGUCACACCGGAGAGGGCCGAGGAGGUGUCCAGCUUUUGGAAGUCUAAGAAGGUCUAUCAGAAUAUUCAGAAGGCUCUUGCGCAAACGGUGGAGAACAUCCUCUCCAACGCAAAGUUUGUGGACAGGUUGCGGCACAAUGAGAUGCUGGCGGCGGGGGUGGAUGACGUGCUCUUCGAACCAGACCGGGAUCCGGCAUCCCUGAAGCGCGCCAUCCACCUCGCCCGGGCCAUGUGGGAGACGAAUAUCCUGCGUAGCAAGCUCAUGCUGAACGCCGAGAUCGAGUAUGACGUGGCUGAGGAGGCGUCGAGAUGUCAGGAGGAGCACGCGGACCUGCUCUGGCAACAGAUCCCCGGCACUUUGAUGCCGGAGUUCCGCCAGUUGGACAAGCAGAUCCUGGAGACCGGCAACUCUGUGGGGAGCUAUCGGCUGAUUUGCAAGCUUCCUUCCAAGAAGGGCACCGUGCUUCAGGCAGUGGACGAAGAGCACCAAGCCGUGGCCAUCAAAGUCUUCGACAAGUCCCAAGUCGAGGACCCAAGUUCUUUGGAGUCCAUCUACCGGGAGUACCGCUUCAUGGGCGAAGUGGUCAGGCACCCGAACAUCACCAAGUGUUUGGAGAAGUUGCACAGCUCCUCCCGGAUCUUUCUGGUCAUGGAGUUUGCCGGCAGCCCCAACGUGGAGCAGAUGCUUCUAGGCCGCCCUGGGCAGCGGAUGGACGAGUCGGAGGUCAACAACUGUUUCGAGCAGGUCGUGCGAGGAGUGGCACAUUUGCACUCCAAGAACAUCGCGCACCGGGACAUCUGCUUGCAGCACCUGGUGAUCUCCAUGCUCGCGGGGAGUGACAGGGAGCACGUCCGCCUCGUGGACUUCCAAAGUGCCAUGUUGGUCCGGCCCAACAUGACCUCCCGCACUGUGUGCGGCGCGAUGCCGUACAUGGCGCCGGAGAUGGCCCAAGGAGGCCCCUACUGGCCCCACAGCGCGGACGCGUGGAGCUGUGGUGUGGUGCUGCUGGAGAUGGCUGGGGGGUUGGGCUCCCUGAGCCGGGCCGUGCACUUGGAGGAGGCCCCAGCGUCCAUAGCUGCGGCUCUGCUGCAAUUCUUCGAGGAUCCAGUGAGCCACGCAGAAGCUUUGGCGGCUUUGUCGGGCGUGGACACCAUUACGGUCAUCGAGCAGCUGGAGCAGCUGCUGGUGCCCAAUCGCGCUGAUAGGGUGCUGCUGAGAAACCUCUUGCCCGAGAACCAACCCGGUGCCGAGCAGGAGCUGCAGCAACACGAACAGCAACGGCUCAUUGAGCAGCAGCAACAGCAGCAGCUGCUGCAGAUGAUGCAGAUGCCCCCGCGCGCGCCCGGCGGCGUCCCCGGCGUCCCCGGCGUCCCCGGCGUCCCUGGCGUUGGCGCCGGGGCUUUGGGGGCCCAGGCUGCGCCGCGCUUGGUGCAAGAAGUGCCCUGA